CCUGAUCUGUCUGACCUUUGCUUUCUUCUCAGGACAGAAUCAGCUGCUACCACACCCACCCCAGGACGAGCCCCAGUGCUAUCCGGGUGCCAGGAUAACCCCGUCUCCAAGGCAACCUUCGCCAGUGGGAGGAGGGCGCACAGAGCCUAACCCUGAGUUCUAGCAAACCAGAAGACUGACUGGAACCGAAAAGAACUCAGAACCCUUCCAUCCUCAAAAACUCCAUUUCUGCACCUUCGUAGGCAGUUCGCUAGUGCCGUCUCCCUGAGGGAGAGUGGCCACCCUUCUCCUCAAUAAAGCGAGGAAACUGAGGCACGAAAGGGGUGCUGCGUUUAGGAGAGGGACACAGCUCGGAGCCUGGAGGACAGAGACCCGCCUUCGCAGGCCCCGGCCCCUCCCAGUUCCCCCAGCGACGGCUGCUUCCUGGUCCCCGACGCAACCAUGGCUGACGAACAACCUCAGGUUGAAUUGUUCGUGAAGGCUGGCAGUGAUGGGGCCAAGAUUGGGAACUGCCCCUUCUCCCAGAGACUGUUCAUGGUGCUCUGGCUCAAGGGAGUCACCUUCAACGUUACCACCGUGGACACCAAGAGACGGACAGAGACCGUACAGAAGCUUUGCCCAGGUGGACAGCUCCCAUUCCUGCUCUAUGGCACCGAAGUGCACACAGAUACCAACAAGAUCGAGGAGUUCCUGGAAGCAGUGCUGUGCCCUCCCAGGUACCCAAAGCUGGCCGCUCUGAAUCCCGAAUCCAACACCUCGGGGCUGGACAUAUUUGCCAAGUUUUCUGCCUACAUCAAGAACUCAAACCCAGCACUCAAUGACAACCUGGAGAAGGGGCUCCUGAAAGCCCUGAAGGUUCUAGACAAUUACUUGAUAUCCCCACUCCCGGAAGAAGUGGAUGAAACCAGUGCUGAAGAUGAGGGCAUCUCCCAGAGGAAGUUUCUGGAUGGCAAUGAGCUCACGCUAGCUGACUGCAACCUGUUGCCAAAGCUUCACAUAGUACAGGUGGUGUGUAAAAAAUACAGAGGAUUCACCAUCCCAGAGGCGCUCCGUGGAGUGCAUCGGUAUCUGAGCAACGCUUAUGCUCGCGAAGAAUUCGCCUCCACCUGUCCAGAUGAUGAGGAGAUAGAGCUGGCCUAUGAGCAGGUGGCCAGAGCCCUCAAAUGAGCACCUUCACCCCUCUGUGCCCUCCACAGAGGCUCCGGGGCUUCCACGGUGCUACCCAGUGGACACACUCCAAAAUAGCCAGUGGGCAGAAAUCCGGGCCACUUGGGUAGGGCUGGGAGGAGAUAUGGGAGGGGAAGGAAAGGGGACCAGGGUAAGAUUUUUAUUGUGGGGUGGGUAGGACAACGUAUUUCAGUAAUAAAAUGCAGAAUG